ACUUCGGCAAUCUCUACACGACCCCAGUGGACGUGAUCGCGCCUACGUUUCCCAACGCAUAUGCAUUGCAAAAGUAUCGUACUCGUAUAAAUUGCAUUCAUGCAUGACAAAUCUCUUUCUAAACCUGAAAAAGCAUUACAAAUUCCACUUCUGUUCUUGCCGGAAUUUGUGAUGCAAUUUAUACUAGUACGAUGCUUUUGCAUUGCAUAACGCAACGAGAAUCACGAUCAAGAACAACGCGAACGGGAAAACAACGUUUUUGUCGGUGCACCGGAACCCGCACAACCUCGGGUCGUUCAAUUCGAUGGCAUCUGUGAACGACUACCCGAGACUAGACCAGGCGUUCUACGACGUCGCGCUUUCCGACCAGGAGCAGGAGUGGGAGAUUGUGACGAAGUCGAGGAAUACGGUCGCAAGCCCGAUCGACCACUACUAUUACUUGUUUCACCCGGAAACGAAGUUGUUCUUACAUGUAAAACCGGAGUUCCUCUACUGUUCGUCCGAGCACGUGUUUGACGGGUUCAAAAACGAAACCGAGCCAACAGUGGUGCAGAACUGCACGACGUACAUGCGGGACAACACGACUUUAACCGCGUCGGACUACCACUUCGCGAUGAUUGAUCUAGACAAAAACUUCCGAGUUAAUACAGAACACCAAAC